AUGAUAAAAGGUGUAGGAAUAAUAAAACGUGCCCCAAAACAUGUCGAAAUUGUUGAAAAUGCAUAUAUUUUAAAAUUCACAAUCACUCCAUCACUUGAUGAUAGGAAAAAACAUGUUGAGAUUAUUAAACAACAUGAAUAUUUUCAUGCAGAGAUUAAGAAAAAAGGAUUAAAUAUUACCGUAAGAUACGAAUUUUAUGAGUUAAUUAACGCCAUUUCAUUUGAGAUUAAAGAAGAUGAUUUGGAAAAGAUUGUGGAAAUAGUGGGAGUACAAAGUAUUGAGCCUGUUCAAAAACACCAGAUAUUGCCAACUUCUUCAAAUAUGAAGGUUGAAAUCGAAUCGAAAUAUACCCAAAUGUCAUUUGAUAAACGGAUAAUUGGAGCAAAUGAUUCAAUGCACAGUGGAUUUAUUGGAAUAGCACCUCAAAUUACAUUUGGUGCUUAUCGUACCAUGGACUGUGAAGGGAAGGGCGAAGGAGAUGUGGUAAUGAAAGCAUUGCAAAGAGCUAAAGAUGAUGGAAUGAAUAUAAUUAAUUUAUCAAUGGGAGGAACUACUUGGACCAUAACGCCACUUUCAAAUAUGAUAGAUGCAUUGAUGAGAUCUGGAAUCAUUGUAGUUACAGCUAAUGGAAAUGUUGGAAAUGAAGGGAUUUUUGAAUCAGUAGGAGAAUUACUUGAAAGUGAUGCUAUUUCCGUAGGCUCGAUUGAUAACACUCAUUAUUUAACUUUUAAAGCUUAUGAUGUUUCAGACAAGAAUUUUAGUAUUGAUUACGUUACUGUAUCUGCGAGAGCAUUUACAUUCUCUUCAGCCAAAGUCGAAAUAUUCCCAGAUUAUGAAUGCCCAACAAAUUUCCAACAGUAUGAAAGCAAAGUAGUACUAGUUACAUUAGAUACAUGUCCUUUAGAUUGCGUAUGGAUAGGAAAUUUACAAAAAUUUCAAGCAUUAGGGAUAUUAUUAGUAACAGAAAUAACGCUUGGACCAACUUUAGCAAAUUUUAAUAACGCAAAAGUAACGAUACCAACAGCUACAGUAACUCCUAAUAUAGCUCGAUUAAUUAAAGAUAAGAAAAAAGAGAAAAGUAAUUUAGAAAUGGAUUUCUCCGAAAAAACGGGAUAUUAUAUAUCAAAUCCUAUUGGUUAUUCAAUGUCUUAUUUUUCUUCUUGGGGUUUAUCUAAUGAUUUAGAAAUAAAGGAAUUAGUAGCACCAGGAGGGAUAAUAUUUUCAACUUACCCUAUACACCUUGGAAGUUAUGCGCAACUUUUAGGCACAAGCAUGUCAACAGCUUGUGUGGCAGGCGCAUUAGCACUUUACAUCGAAGCCAACAAAUCGUCACGAAACGCACGCGACAUGUUAAAACUUUAUUCGAAGCCAAUAUACGAUACCCAAAAUGACGAAAAAGCAUCAGUUCUCCAGCAAGGCGCAGGAUUAAUUAAUAUAUAUAACUCGAUAAUAAGUACAACGGUAGUGACACCCUUCAAAAAAUCAUUAUUCGAUAAUCAAUAUUUAGAUAUUCAAAAUUAUGGAAAGGAAGAAAUUACUUAUAGGCUUAAACAUGUUCCUGCGAUCUCCGUUAAUGGGUAUAAUGGAACUAGGAGUGUACCAACAAAAUAUAUGAAAUUUAACCAUUCUACUGCUAUUGUACAAUUUGAAAAAGAUCAAGUUACCGUUCAGCCAGGGUGUAACGUUAAGGUUUUAUUCACGAUUUCACCACCAAAUGAUUUGGUUAAAGAACAACGGUGGUUUUAUAGCGGAUUUAUUCAAGUGGAACCACAAGAUCAAUCUAGUUCACCAGUUACAAUUCCAUACGCCGGUUUCGCAGGAGAUUUAAGAUCACUUCCGAUAUUAGGACAACCAGAAUUCCCACAAAUACGAAAGUCAAAUACCACAAUAUCUUCGGAUACAACAACACCUACAACAUUCACAAUGGACAAUUCAGAAAACAAACCAAUAAUAUCCAUAAUAAUUUCGACACCGACCAAACUUUUAUUAAUUCAUGCUUUAAAUUCUGAUAAACAAGUCAUCGGAUUAUUACCAGGAAUAAACGAUCUGAUGGCUUUACGAACGAUUUAG